AAUCAACCCAUAACUGUUCUUCCUCACCACCUGCCUUCCUCUCAUUCUCAAUUUCUACCACCAAAACCAAAUUAAGGUCAAACCAUUUUCUCCCCCUCUCUUCUUUUGUACACUUCUCCAAUAACUUCAUAAUCUCCAAACUAAAAACCCAUUACAAAAUUAUUAAACUCUCAUAAUUUAGUAAAAUAAAAACAGUAUUAAUAAUAAAUUCAGAAUCUGGAGAAUUGUUCUUCUUCUUCCAACUCCAGUGGACAGGAAGUGCAAGUUGUAAGGUAGCAGUAUUUGGUAGGGUCUGCACUACCUCUAAUUUUUAGUGCUUGUGGAGGACAAAGUCGGUGCCUUUUUCUAUUUUUUAUUUUUUAUUUUUUUAACUUUGAUUCUGAAGUAAAAUUAAAAAAAAAGUUAAGGUCUUUAUAGUAAGUGAUUCUUCAAAAUUUAAUUUUAAUCAAAGUUUUAUUCUGAUUCUAUCUUCAACAAAUAUUUUGGGUCAUUCUGAAACUUCAUUUUCCUCCUUAUUUCCUCUGUUUUUGCUAUUUUGAUCAUCAGACCGUCAGUCCAUCACCCCCCUUUAAAUUCUCCCAUUUCAUCUCUCUUAAAAACCAUGAACUAGAAUAAAGUUUGAGUUUCUUUUUAGAGAGAGAAGCAAAAAUAAACCACCCCCACAAAAAAAAAAAAAAAGCAGGGGAGAAAUUCUCAUUUCUGAUUUCCAAUAUCUGAAAUGGGAGCAAUAUAUCCAGGUUCUAUGUACACAAAUUCAAGUUAUGAUAAUUGGUUGUUUGGUGGGGAUUCAAAGAGCACAAUAUGGACAAAGGAAGAGAACAAGAGGUUUGAGAAAGCACUUGCAAUAUUUGAUGAGAAAACUCCUGAUAGAUGGUCUAGAAUUGCUGAUAUGAUUCCUGGGAAAUCUGUUUGGGAUGUGAUGAAACAGUAUGAGGAAUUGUUAGUUGAUGUGACUGAUAUCGAAGCUGGUUUGGUUCCGAUUCCUGGUUAUCUUGCUUCUCCUUUCACUUUGGAUUGGGUUGAUGAUCAUGCCAAAUUUGAUCCUUUUAGGAAAAGGUCUGCUUCUAUGUCUAGACCUCAUGAACAAGAGAGGAAAAAGGGUGUUCCUUGGACUGAAGAUGAGCAUAGGCGUUUUCUGCUAGGACUUCAGAAACAUGGGAAAGGAGACUGGAGAAACAUAUCAAGGAACUUUGUUAUAUCAAAAACACCAACACAAGUAGCUAGCCAUGCUCAAAAGUACUUCCUAAGGCAGACUUCAGGAGGGAAGGAUAAACGAAGACCAAGCAUUCACGAUAUCACUACUGCUAAUUUAUCAGAAAAUGGUAUGAAUACAGUUUCAGAAACAGAUCAAAAGGCAUCAUUUCCAUUGCUUCAGAAAUCAUUCAACAUAAUGCCUAAGAUGUUGCUUGAUUGGAGUAACUCUAAUGGUGAAGCAUUCAUGGUUUUCGAUUCACCAACUCAUGGACGGCAGAAUCUGUACAGUAGUGCCUACCAAGGAGCCUCAGCCUAUGUAGGAUCACAUUAGAGUUUUUUUUUAAAAAGGGUAAAGAAAACAACAACUAUCUCUGUUUAUGGUUCUUGUGUGGUAAAAUCACAUGUCUCAAACUCCCAUCAUCAUCGAUCAGUUCAUUAAUUACUCGUAGUUUGUAGACAUCUACAGAAUGUGAAAACAUCUGAAAUCUUUUGAAGGGUUACAAUGUAUAUUUUGAAUUAUGAUUUUUUUUCCUUUUGGUAGUACUCAUCAGAAUAUCAAUCUAGUCGUCUAGCUAGUCAAUCUCAAUCUUGAUUUUUACAGUGACGGAUCUAGGAUUUUUCAUAUAGUGUGUCAUCUUCAGAGGUGGAUAUAAUGCUUAGAUGGAUUUUUCGUGUCUUAUGAGAAUGAACAAUUCAGUUAAUUUCCUUGA